ACCGCGGAUCCCGCAGCUGCAGGAGGCGCGCGGCCCUGCCAAGCAGCCCUCGCCGCCGCCGCCGCGCCCCAGCUCGCGUUCGGUGUCCCGCGUCGCUCUCAGCUCCUGCUCCAGCGCCUGCCUGGCUAUGCCGCCCCGCCGCGCCCCAAUACUGGGGCGCCCGCUCCCGCCCGGCGCGCAGCUGCUGCCCGCGCUGGCCCUGCUGCUGCUGUUGCUCGGUGCGGGGCCCCGCGGCCGCUGCCUGGCCAGCCCGGUGCCCGCCGCGCCCCUGCCGGUGCCAGGGCCGUGCGCCGCGCAGCCUUGCCAGAACGGAGGCGUGUGCACCCCGCACCCGGCGCCUGACCCGCAGCCGCCGGUCCCCGCCGACGAGUCGGGCUACAGCUGCACCUGCCCAGCCGGAGUCUCCGGCACCAAUUGCCAGCUUGUUGUGGAUCCUUGCGCCAGCAAUCCUUGUCACCGUGGCAACUGUAGCAGCAGCGACGCCGGCUUCCUCUGCGUCUGCAGCGAAGGCUAUGGAGGUGCAAACUGUGAGCAGGCGCUUGCUGGCCUCCCCGCCUCGGGCUGGACCGAGUCCGGGGUGCCCCGGCAGCUUCAGCCUGCACCCACCACCCAGGAGCCCGACAUAAUGCUGCCCCGCUCGCAAGCAACCGUGCCCUUACCCACGUGGCAGCCGAAAACAGGGCAGAAAGUUGUAGAAAUGAAAUGGGACCAAGUGGAGGUGAUCCCAGAUAUUGCCUGUGGGAAUGCCAGUUCUAACAGCUCUGCUGGUGGCCGCUUGGUAUCCUUUGAAGUGCCACAGAAUGCCUCAGUAAAAAUUCGGCAAGAUGCCGCUGCUUCUCUGAUUUUGUUAUGGAAGGUGACAGCCCCAGGAUUCCAACAGUGUUCCCUCAUCGAUGGACGGAGUGUGACCCUCCUCCAGGCUCCGGGGGCCCUUGUCCUCUUGGAGGAGAUGCUUGCCUUGGGGCACAAUUACUUCAUUGGUUUUGUGAAUGAUUCUGUGUCUAAAAGUAUUGUGGCUCUGCGCUUAACUCUGGUGGUGAAGGCCAGCAACUGUGUGCCGGGGGAAAACCACUCAAAUGACUUGGAGUGUUCUGGAAAAGGAAAAUGUACCACAAAGCCAUCAGAGGCAACUUUUUCCUGUAACUGUGAGGAUGAGUAUGUGGGUACUUUCUGUGAAGAAUUCGAUGCCUGCCAAAGCAAGCCCUGCCAGAACAAGGGGGACUGUAUCGAUGCGAAGGAAAAGCAAGAUGGGAGCAAUUUCACCUGCAUUUGCCCUGCUGGUUAUACUGGAGAGCUUUGCCAAUCCAAGAUUGAUUAUUGUAUCCUAGAACCAUGCAGAAAUGGAGCGACAUGUGUUUCUAAUCUCAGCGGAUUCACCUGUCAGUGUCCAGAAGGAUACUUUGGAUCUGCUUGUGAAGAGAAGGUGGACCCGUGCAUCUCGUUGCCCUGCCAGAACAAUGGGACCUGCCAUGGGGAUGGGCUGCAUUUCAGCUGCAGCUGCAGCCCUGGCUUCACGGGGCCGGCCUGUGCCCAGCUCGUGGACUUCUGUGCCCUCAGCCCCUGUGCUCACGGCACGUGCCGCAGCGUGGGCACCAGCUACAAAUGCCUCUGCGAUCCAGGUUUCCACGGGCUCUACUGUGAGGAGGAAUACAACAAAUGCCUCUCUGCUCCGUGUCUGAACGCUGCCACCUGCAGGGAUCUCGUUGAUGGCUACCAGUGUGUGUGCCUGCCAGAAUACAAAGGCACACACUGUGAACUGUUCAAGGAUCCGUGUGCGAAUGUCAGCUGUCUGAACGGGGGCACUUGUGACAGUGAAGGCUUCAACGGAACAUGCAUCUGUGCACCAGGGUUUGCAGGUGAGGACUGCGACAUCGACAUAAAUGAAUGUGACAGUAACCCCUGCCAUCACGCCGGGACCUGCCUGGACCAGCCCAACGGUUACACCUGCCAUUGCCCUCACGGCUGGGUGGGAGCAAACUGUGAAAUCCACCUCCAGUGGAAGUCCGGGCACAUGGCCGAGAGUCUCACCAACAUGCCCCGGCACUCCCUCUACAUCAUCAUCGGAGCCCUCUGCGUCGCCUUCAUCCUGAUGCUGAUCAUCCUGAUCGUGGGCAUUUGCCGCAUCAGCCGCAUCGAGUACCAGGGCUCCUCCAGGCCGGCCUACGAGGAGUUCUACAACUGCCGCAGCAUCGACAGCGAGUUCAGCAACGCCAUCGCGUCCAUCCGGCACGCCAGGUUUGGAAAGAAAUCCCGGCCUGCGAUGUAUGACGUGACACCUAUCGCCUACGAGGAUUACAGUCCUGAUGACAAACCCUUGGUCACGCUGAUUAAAACAAAAGAUUUGUAAUCUUUUUUUGGAUUAUUUUUCAAAAAGAUGGGGAACUACACUGAUUUCAAUAUUUUUAAGAAAACAAAAAGCUUAAGAAAUUUAAAAUGUUAGCUGCUCAAGAGUUUUCGGUAGAAUAUUUAAGAACUAAUUUUCUGCAGCUUUUAGUUUGGAAAAAAAUAUUUUAAAAACAGAAUUUGUGGAAUCCAUAGAUUACGUUUUAAUGUACUUUCAGCUCUCUAAACUGUAUGCUUCUAAUAGUGGGUGCUCUUUCCAUUGUAGAGACUAUCACAAAACCCAGAUUCCUUUCUGUGGUUGUUACAGAAUAAGUGUAAUCAAGGAGAAGUUUCUGUUUGACGUGCGAGUGCCGACUUCCUGAGUAGAGUUAGGAAAUCAUGUAAAGUAGAGUAUGAUGCAUAAUCCAGUAUACCCGUUACUUAAAAAGAAGUCUGAAAUGUUUGUUUUGUGAAAAAGAAGUUAGUUAAAUUUACUGUUCCUAACCUGAAUGAAAUUAGCCUCUGCCUUAUUCUGUGCAUGGGUAAGUAACGUAUUUCUGCACUGUUUUGUUGAACCUCGCGGAAGCACUCUUUUGAGUUCGUUUUUAUCAUUUUUUCGUAACAGUCUUCCAACUAGGCCUUAAAGAAUUACAUAAUGAGAGGGCCUAGCGAGGCAAAUUAUGAUCAAACUGAAUCUAUAUUUUUCUUUAAAAAGUCAAGGUUUUAUAUUGUGAGUAAAUUAAACUUAUGUUUGAGUUGUUUGUUGCUAAGAGGUAAUAACUGUAAGGAGAGUACUGGUUUCUUCAGUAGUGUGUAUUUCUCAGUGCAUCUUUAUUUAUAUCCAGGACAUUUCUGUGGCUGUAUUUGAUUGAUAUGUGCUUCUUCUGAUUCUUGCUAAUUUCAAAAAAUAGUGAAUAAAUGUUAUCAAGUCAA